UCUAGGUAUCAUACGCAUCAAAAACGUAAGUUUCAGAAAUACAUCAGCCAACCAAAUAUGACUGUCACCUCCCUCCUGCGUAUAUCAUUGCUACUCCUGAUAUUAACCAAUGAGCUACUUGCUGAUCAUUGCCAUGGUCACUACUGCGUGAAAACAAGUGAAUACUCAGAUAUCGUCAUUGACGGUCACUUCUGUGGUGAUCAGAUCUACAUGGCUUAUGGGUAUGUUUGCGGAUACUUCAAAAAGAGACGAAAAAGAGACACRAGAGAAAAACAACCAUUACUGGAAAGCAAGAACAAAGGAAAUGCGUUUUUAAAAUCGAGAAGGAAACGCAGCUACAACAUCGUUGAAGAAUGUUGCUACGAAGGCUGCAGCUUCGAGGAAAUAAGCGAAUACUGUUAAUACUGCGACUGAUUAAUAUUAACUGCAUGAUCCCCAAGAAAUCUCCCCUUUACUAGUGAUUGCUUGUGAGUGACCCUCCAUUAAUAUCAGUCAAUGUGUAGCUGAGUGCUCCAUCUAGUUGUCUACAAACGAUGUCUACCCCCUCCCCCCUAAAUCCUCCUAAAAAACCAUUCCUUCAAUAGAGUCGCUUUGCACCAUCACGUGAUGGCAGCCAUGACAGGGGG